UAUUAUCAAUAGUAUGUCGUUACUGGUUCGUACGUAGCUACAACAUGAAGUUUGCAUUCGCUUUAGUUGCCCUCGUUGUCGCUGUCCAGGGGCGCAGCACAGGCUUGGACGCUCCCAUCACCGCUGUGUCGACUGCUGAGAACCCAUGGGUGGUGCAUCUCCGCAUUGCUAACACCUUCGGUGCUGGUCUGCUCAAAAGCUGCGUCGGUUCCCUCAUCAAUGAGCGCUGGGUGCUUACCUCUGGUGCCUGCGUAAUGAACCUUCGCUUCGCUUGGAUCCGGUAUGGAGCCGCUAACGUGCUCAACCCCGAGCUGGUGACUGAGACUGCGUCGUCGCGUUUCAACAACAGGGUCGGUCUCAUCGCCAUCAACCGCGAAGUCGAGUUUACACCCACAAUCAGCUCUGUGGAGCUGGCGGCGGCCAGUGACGAGCUGCCAGAGACCGCCACGCUUUGCGGCUACGGCGCACAGGAAGACGGAUCCCCCGGCGAGACUCUGAACUGCUUCGAAUUCACCCUCUCAGAACAGCGCCAUGACAUGUUUGAAGCCACCAGCGACGUACAGACCACUGAAUUCGACAUCGGAGCACCUCUGGUGAGCAACGGCAAGCAAAUAGGAGUCCUGGUCACUCCUGCUGAGGGCGGUUCCCCUGCCGUGUUCGCGAAAGUUGGCUCAUACAAAGUCUGGAUCGACUUCGAAACUGGAUUCAAUUUCCCGCAAUAAAAUAUAAUAUUUAAUUAUUUUAAUUAAUUCUUGUUGCAUAAAGACAUUAAUGCCAAUAAAUAUUCACUUAUGUGAAUUUAUUAAAAUAUAAAAUUGUUA